ACAAAAUUAAAUAAUUAUACAUUCUGCGUCAACUCGAUUCGGAUUGCUUCCCAUUUUUAGAUCAUAGGCUUGCUCUCAAUUAGUUAUAAAUCGUGAUUUUUGUCUCGCUCAAAAUAUCCGAUAAAGAAGACAAAAUGGUUCUAUUAGAGAAUAAUUAUCCCCAAGAAUCUAAUUAACAAACAAACAGGUAUCGAAACCGAAAUAGGUUCGUGAAGAAAGAUAAAAAGAAAUCGCCAGUCGCGACAAUGAUCAUCUCUUCGUUGCAGUUGACCUGUUUCAAUUGUCGAAAUCAUUAAUCUAAUUGAGACCCAAUCAAAUUGAUGACCACUACCGUAUUAUCAUAUUUAAAUAGGGUGUUCAAUUUUUAAUUGUACUACACAGCCAAUUAAGACAAAAAAUAAUGUCGUUGCAAACAAAAAAUAUCUGACUAGGUAUGUAUAAAAAAAUGUUCCUAACUAGAAUGGCCGUUUAAAAAAGAGCUGUAUGUACUUGGAAAGAAAAAAAAAAAUGCUGCGAACAUGCGAAAAAAAGGAGCAUGGCUAAUGAACGUAUAUGAAUACUCGAUCGAGGGCUCGCCAAACAUAAUACUAAUAAAAUGUUUUUAACUCACUCCAACAUCAGCACGUGGUAUGCAAAUUUCGAUUUACAACAGCGCCGUAUGUAUUUCAAAGAAAGAUUGAAAAAAGAACACCGGGAACCAACUUUUUUUUGCCCGUGGCAAUAAUUAUCGCGGAAUUAUUUAUAAUAAAUAACUAGAAAUGUCAACGAUCAAGUCUUUUCGCUCUUCAUAUCGGAUUGAAUAUUCAUUUAAUAUUAUAUAAACUAUUACCGAUCGUCUAUCCCAUUAUCCAUCAACUGCUGCGAAGGGGACACGUUUUUAUGAUAUCUCUAGGUGCAUGAAAUCACGAAGAUUUACGCGAGCAGCAAUCAAUUCUAGAGUUAGAAAAUUUUCAACAUUAUUGCGAUGGAGAAUUUCAGGCAGAUGAAAAGCGAUUGAUUUUUUUACGGAACGAGUUCAAUUCACUCCAGCAACGUCUAUAUCGACAGAAUUCCCUGGCUGUUUUUUAAAAAGAGUCCUGAUUUUCCGAUUUUUCUUGACCACUGGCCACAGUACGUGACUUUUGGCCACUUCUCCGAUUUCUAUUUCCCACAAUGAGCUAUGGCCACCAUAUUCUUCGGCUGUGGCUUAUCACAUCGCGUCUAGCGAGUAUAAAAUCCUCGAGCUCCGGCAAGACCGCGUUAAAUCGCGUUCGCGUUGCAGGACGGUCGGUGUAAAAUAAUAAACGUAAGUCGGGUUUACGGAAUAAAAGGGAAAAUCAAUCGUUUCAACGAUGAAAAGCGGUCGCUCAUCGCUCUUCGUUCUCGUCGUGAUCUUCGGUUUCACCUCGACCAAGAUUUACGACCGGUGUGACCUUGCCCGCGAGUUGUGGAAAAGACUGGAUGGUAAUCGGGAUCAAGUUCCCACGUGGGUUUGCAUCGCAUUUUACGAAUCGAAUUUCAACACAUCGGCGAUCGGCCGUUUGAAUGGCAACUGGUCCUGGGAUCACGGUUUAUUUCAACUUAGCGAUCGUUACUGGUGCGGAAGAAACGGCGUAGCGGGAGUCUGCAAAGUUCCAUGCUUGUCGUUCAGGGAUGACGACCUCGAGGACGACUUACGAUGCAUCGAGAUCAUAUUUAAAGAACACCAGAAAUUGUCCGGCAACGGUUUCAGCGCAUGGGCUACCCACAGAAUGUGUCGAGGACAGAAUGCCCAAAAGUUCAUUGAAGGAUGCGCCAACACACAUUAGAUAUGCAGUACCUCUGUUCUAGUUUUAUUACGAAGUUUUAUAGAGAAUUAUAAUCCGUAAUGAAAUAAAUAAUCGAACAAAUAAAUCGAUAUCCCUUAAAA